AUGAUAAGUAGAGAAAAUAUAAAGCAAGAACUCGUAAACUAUCAACCCACUGACGAAGAAAGACUCGUCAUACGGUCUGCCGUAUUCAACUUUGUGACUAUGGCUACGAUCGGGGCUGCAGCACUUGGUAUGUCUGCUAGUCUUUGGAGUAAGUCCCCUAGUGCCAAACCAAAAACGGCUAUUCCUACAAUUUUAGGUACAUUCACAGGCUUAACAUUAGGUGGUAUUCUCGGCAUGGAUAGAGGCAUGCGUCAAUUAAGAGAAUCACUUCCAGUCAAUUCACAUUUAUUAACACUUAUCCAUGAAAACGAUCAAUUGAAAAAAGAAACAUUACUCAAUGGACCAACAGAUUUAUUAUCAAAAGAAAAGUAA